AUGACAGAAAAUCAGACAUGGGUCACAGAAUUCAUUCUCCUGGGAUUUCCCGUGGGCCCAAGUAUUCAGGUGCUUCUCUUUGGGCUCUUCUCCCUGUUCUACACCUUGACCCUGCUGGGGAAUGGGGUCAUUCUGGGGCUUAUCUGGCUGGACUCCAGGCUGCACACCCCCAUGUACUUCUUCCUCUCACACUUGGCCAUUGUUGACAUUUCCUAUGCUUCCAACAAUGUUCCCAAGAUGCUGGCAAACCUUCUGAACAAGAAAAAGAUGAUCUCCUUUGCCCCAUGCAUAAUGCAGACGUUUUUAUACAUGGCUUUUGCUCACACCGAGUGUCUCAUCCUGGUAAUGAUGUCCUAUGAUAGGUAUGUGGCCAUCUGCCACCCCCUGCAGUACUCUGUCAUCAUGAGCUGGAGAGUGUGCACUGUCCUGGCUGUUACUUCCUGGGCGUGUGGCUCCCUCCUGGCCCUGCUCCACAUAGUUCUCCUCCUGCGACUGCCCUUCUGCGGGCCUCAUGAAAUCAACCACUUCUUCUGUGAACUCCUGUCUGUCCUCAAGCUGGUUUGUGCUGACACCAGGCUCAACCAGGUUGUCAUCUUUGCAGCAUCUGUGUUCAUCUUGGUGGGGCCCCUAUGCCUGGUGCUGGUCUCCUACUCACGCAUCCUGGCUGCCAUCCUGAGGAUCCAGUCAGGGGAGGGUCGCAGGAAGGCCUUCUCCACCUGCUCCUCCCACCUCUGCGUGGUGGGGCUGUUCUUUGGCAGCGCCAUUGUCAUGUACAUGGCCCCCAAGUCCCGCCACCCUGAGGAGCAGCAGAAGACCCUGUCUCUGUUUUACAGCCUUUUCAACCCUAUGCUGAACCCCCUGAUCUACAGCCUGAGAAAUGCAGAGGUCAAGGGUGCCCUGAACAGGGUGUUGUGGAAACAGAGAUCUAGAUGA